AUCCAGCCUCUACAGCCAGGGCAGUUUGUGUGCAGUCCUGCACUCAGGUGGAAACUUCAAAGCACGCUACACUCUCACAGCAACAGACACAGAGCAGACAGAGGCAGCAUGAACUCGGGCACGGUACAGUAUUGCGAAGUGAAGUGCAGUGACGAAAUUCCUUGUGUGCUUACGGAUGACAACUACUACUCCAAGAAGAAACGAUAUGUGAAAAAAGAUGGGAGCUGUAAAAUGGUUGUGCACCACGUUCCAGAGCAGUGGCUUCUCUGGGUCACUGACAUCUUCACCACCCUGGUGGAGAUCCGCUGGAGAGUCAUGUUCUUGACAUUUGCCUUCUCCUACAUUUUAUCAUGGCUCUUUUUUGGAAUUUUGUUCUGGAUCAUUGCUUUGACCCACGGAGAUAUGAAAGACCCCACCAAUGAGCCAUGUGUUUAUGAGGUUCGAAGUUUUACAGCUGCUUUCCUAUUCUCAUUAGAGACCCAGACCACCAUUGGUUAUGGCUUUCGGGGGAUGUCUGAGAACUGCAUGAUUGCCAUUAUUGUAGUAACCAUCCAAGAUGUCAUCAGUGUCUUCAUUGACACUAUUGUCAUCGGCAUCGCAGUCGCAAAGAUGGCAUCUGCCCGUAAGAGAGCCCAAACAGUUGGAUUCAGCAAUUGUGCUGUGAUCAGCUUGCGUGAAGACCACCUAUGUCUGUCAUGGCGGGUUGGGGACUUCCGAAGGAACCACAUGGUAGAAGGAAUGGCUCAUGCACAGCUGGUACGCCACCUGGCACACAGUACAGGAAAAGUUAACGUUACAUACAAAGACCUCAACAUUGAAGAGAAGAACAUCAUCCUGGCCACCCCAACGACUAUAGUUCAUAAAAUCACCCCUGGCAGUCCUCUAUAUAAGGUGAGCUGUAAGGACCUAAGGAAAGAGAACUUUGAGCUGGUGGUCUCUUUCACCUAUACAGACGACUGCACAGGCAUCCUUCACCAGACACGCACAUCCUACACUCCAAGUGAGAUUCUGUGGGGCCAGCACUUUCAGGAGAUGAUCAGGGUCACCCACAGGAACUACAGAGUGGACUACGCCCUGUUCAACCACACAGUUAAAGUCCUGGUCCCAGAAUUAAGUGCAGAGGAGUAUGACCUAAAGAAGUCCUCUCAACAGCCAAAACACAAACCGCUCCACAUAAGUUCUCCAACAGCAGCUGUGGAAUCGGUUAAUGGGAAUAGUCUUGAGGUAGAAAAAGCAUCCACCAGCAGUGCUGUCCAAGAACACGAGCUAUAACAGUGGCCUUGAUACAUCAUGACUCUGCUAUAGCACUUUGAAAUAGGGCUUCCUCAUCAUAGGGCAUCACUAUUGUAAGAAAUAAUGCACUUAUAGUUAGAUUUAGACAUUAAGAUGUGCUGUCAGUUAGCAAGAAGAUCUUAAAAAGCCUUUCUAAUAUAGUAUCCUGGACUAGUUCUGGAAAAUCUCAUUAAAGCCCUGUAGUCCCUUUGGUUUGAUUAUAAUCCAAUUAGAGCACUAUAUUAGAAAUAAUAUAAAAGUUGUGUUUAAUUAGCAUCUUACUUAUGUUGUAUAUAUUCUAUGUGGCACUCAGCAGCCUUGCACAAACUCAAUAUCAUUUUAUCACAGACAUAGAAAAAACAUGGAUGGACAUUACAGACUCGUCUUCUAUGACCUUGAAGGUUCUUUGAUGUCAAGAGAUGUAAAAAAGGACUUCCUCGAUUAAAUUAUGAACCCAAACCUUCAACUUACAUAAGAGGCAAUGGGUCAAUUAUCAUGACAGUGACAUUACCCGGAACAAACUGUGGUCAGUCAGUGUGUCUCUUAAGCACUAGCUGAGUAAGUGCAGAACACUGUUCCACCUUAUUUUGCAAAGUGGUUAACCUUUUCAUCCAAACAACUAAUAAAAUCUUUUGGAAACAGA